AUGAAGAGCACAUUCGUAAUUGCCUGUGCCGCCAUCCUGGUGGCCAGUAUCAGUGCCGCCAGCGUGCCGGCCGUGCCGACCGCCAUCAACAAUCAGCUGUAUCGUCGCUAUGUCUGCGUCCACAAGUCGGACGGCUUCAGGGCUCUCGUGCCUGGAAGCUGCUCUCAGUACUACGAGUGCCAGGGAGGACAGGCGCUGGUAAGCACUUGCUCUCGUUUCUUCGACUCCAAGGUCCAGGGAUGUGUCAACUACAACACCGGCUGCAUUGAAGUACAGCCUUCGGCGUUGGUCACGGACAACGCUGAUUCUGCUGUGCCCUGUACACCGACACCCUGUCCCACGACAACUCCCGAAGCACCCUGUGUAACCACCCCGUCUGCCCCAACAACCUCUUCCACAACAACAUGUUCAAGCACAACAACAACAACUUGUUCACCCACCACGUCAACAACAACUUGUUCACCAACCACGUCAACAACAACAACCUGUUCACCAACCACGUCAACGACAACAACCUGUUCAACAACCACCUCAACAACAACAACCUGUUCAACAACCACCUCUACAACAACAACUUGUUCAACAACCACCUCAACCACAACAACCUGUUCAACAACCACCUCCACAACAACAACCUGUUCAACAACCACCUCCACAACAACAACCUGUUCAACAACCACCUCCACAACAACAACCUGUUCAACAACCACCUCCACAACAACAACUUGUUCAACAACCACCUCAACCACAACAACCUGUUCAACAACCACCUCCACAACAACAACCUGUUCAACAACCACAACAACAACCUGUUCAACAACCACCUCCACAACAACAACCUGUUCAACAACCACCUCCACAACAACAACCUGUUCAACAACCACCUCCACAACAACAACCUGUUCAACAACCACCUCCACAACAACAACCUGUUCAACAACCACCCCCACAACAACAACCUGUUCAACAACCACCUCCACAACAACAACCUGUUCAACAACCACCUCCACAACAACAACCUGUUCAACAACCACCCCCACAACAACAACCUGUUCAACAACCACCUCCACAACAACAACCUGUUCAACAACCACCUCCACAACAACAACAUGUUCCACAACAACAUGUUCCACAACUACCUGUACACCAACACCCGAACCUUGUGAAGAGGUCACCACAACCUGUGUAGAGACUACCACACUCUGUGCAGAGACUACCACUGCAUGCAGCGGAGCCAACGCAGCCACCAAGGUCAAGCCCGCCUCCAUGCAAGUGAGACCACCCCGUCCUGCCCGUCCCGCCGGACCACUCGUGGAGGCCAUGCAGCAGCACGCUACUCCCCAGGCUCAGGAGCUGAACAUCCUCACCUACACCAACUACGUGUGCCGCAACAAGCCCGACGGCUUCAUGAUGGCCUCCCUGAAGAGCUGCAACGAUUACUAUAUCUGCCGCUACGGAAAGCCUCUGCAGGUGAGCUGCGGCGACAAGUACUUCAACGCCCUGAAGGGCAUCUGCGAUCUGCCCGAGAACACGCGCUGCGUGCAGCCCCAGGCCUAG